ACAAGCGGCGGCGAAACCAGCAGCAGCAGCAGCAGCAGCAGCAGCAGCAGCAGACUCCCACAAUGAGAGGGGAGAUGCUGUUCCUCACUGCGCUCCAUGCCACGCUCUUUGCUUCAGCGCAAGUUAUGGCUCAGAAAAGGGAGAGAGUGGUCUGCUCCAACGUCUACACGGCCGACAUUGUGUUCCUGGUGGACGGAUCCUCUAGCAUUGGAAGAGCCAACUUCCAAAUGGUCCGGAACUUCAUGGAGGGGCUGGUUGCCCCUUUUGUCAAUGUGGUGGGUGAGAGAGGGGUGCGCUUUGGAGCCGUGCAGUACAGUGACGAACCCAGGACCGAGUUCACGUUCUCCACAUACCGCAAUGGGACAGCGGUGAUGAAGGCUGUCCGAGAGAUGGCCUACAAGUCUGGGAACACGCGGACAGGGGCAGGCUUUCGCCAUGUGGCAGAUAACUUCUUUGGAGCCAGUCAGAUCCGGCCUAAUGUUCCAAAGAUCUGCAUCCUCAUCACAGAUGGAAAGUCUCAGGAUGAAGUUGAGGGGGCAGCUGCAAAGCUGAAGGAUCAAGGCAUUAAAGUCUUUGCUGUGGGCAUCAAGAACGCGGACAGCAGCGAGCUGACCAAAGUGGCUUCCACCCCCACGGAGGAUUAUUUCUUCUUUGUCACUGACUUUAAAAUCCUCUCAACUCUCUUGCCGCUGGUGUCACGGAGGGUGUGCACCAGCACCGGGGGCAUCCUACAGCCAGCAGGUACAGAGACAUAUGGUGGCCCCUCGAAUUUGGUCUUCUUGGAGCAGGGAACAGAUAUGCUGAGGAUCCGCUGGACAGCAGCUGGUGGUCCUGUAAUAGGCUACAAAGUCCAGUAUGUGCCUCUCACAGGCUUGGGGCAGCAAAUAACAGCUGAGAGGCAGGAGGUUAGUUUGGGACCUGGUGAGACGAGUACCGUGCUACGUGGUUUGAGGGGAGGCACAGAUUACCUGGUGACUGUUAUUGCUCAGUAUGCCAACAGCAUUGGAGAAUCCGUGUCUGGCAAAGGACGUACUCAGGCUGUGUCUGGAGUGACAAAUUUCCAAGUGUUGGAUGCAGGACCCACCUUCCUUAGGCUGUCAUGGGCCCCUGGUCUGGGCACCCUACAGGGCUAUAGGCUCACGUAUCUGGGCAGAGGUGAAACUCAGCCCGAGGAGAUCAGUCUUGGGCCCAGUGCUACUUCAGCCUUGCUCAGCAACCUUCGUCCCAACACUGACUAUAUGAUCACACUCUACCCGAUCUACCCCCGUCAGACAGUGGCACCUGCCGUGAUCAAUGGCCGAACGUUGGGUUUGUCAGGAGUGCAACAACUGUCUGCCCUGAACAUCUCCUCCCAGGGCAUGCUGGUGACCUGGCGGGGCGUGAGUGGAGCAACGGGAUACCGUGUUACCUGGGGCCUCCUCUCAGGUCAGGAUGUGCAGAGAGCUGAUGUGGAUCCCAGCAAAAACUCCUUCUUGUUGACUGGACUGCAGCCUGAUAGUGAUUACCUGGUGACUGUUGCUCCAGUCUUUGGGCAGGUGGAAGGGCCAAAAGCCUCCAUCAGGAGGAGAACUGAAGCCAUUAUACUCCAGACUCUGAGAAUUGUCACUAUUGAUCCAACGUCUAUCCAGUUGGCCUGGAACAUCAUCCCUAACGCCCGAGGUUAUCGGCUGGAAUGGAGAAAAGCAACAGGUUUGGAGCCCCCCAGGACUGUGACACUGCCCACCAAUGAAAACAGCUACACUCUGACAGGGUUGCAGCCAGGCACUGAAUACCACAUCACUCUCUUCACCUUGUAUGACGGCAAGGAAGUGGCCACCCCAGUUACCAUCUUGCAGACUGGGGUGGCACAACCCGUGGGCAGCAUCUCUGACUUGAGGGUCACUGAGACUUUGGGGAACAGAGUCAGACUGGCCUGGACGGGUGUCCCUGGGGCCACAGCAUAUAAAGUUGUGCUACGCAACACCCAGGAUGGCACGGAGAAGACACGGCGUAUCCCAGGCUCCCAGACCACCGAGGACCUGACUGAUCUGAAAGAGGACGUUGUUUAUGUGGUGCGCAUAUCAGCAGUUAUUGGCAACCGUGAGGGUAGCGCUGUUCCUCUCAACAUCCGAAUCCAACGCCCAUCUGUGGGCAGCAUCACCAACCUACAAGUGGCUGCCCUUGGACCCAGCCAAUUGCGGGUGACGUGGAAUCCAGUUGCCGGGGUUACUGGAUAUAAGGUGACGUGGCGGCAGAGAGAUGGUCAAGAGUUCUCUCAAGUCCUUCCAGCUAAUAGAAACUCCUACACUAUUGAGGGCCUGAGGCCUGGGUCUUUCUAUCUCAUUGGGGUCUCAGCCUUGGUUGGCAACAGAGAAGGGAGUCCGGUUACCGCCACAGCUACAACAGCCCCUGAUCAAGUGGGAAUGGUCACCAGCUUACAGGUCCUGGAGUCUCGGAGCACGGAUGUGCGAGUCACAUGGGUUGGUGUGCCCGGAGUUACAGCCUACAGAAUUGUGUGGGGCCGCAGUGAUGGUGGACCUGAAAACAGCAAGCUGGUCUCGGGAAGCACCAAUUCCUUUGACAUCCAGAACCUGGAAGGCGGAGUCAGCUACACUGUGAAGGUCACUGCACUGAUUGGCAACCGCGAAGGAGACCCCGUGUCUCUCAUUGUCACCACACCGACAGUCUCAGUUCAGCCAGUUGGGAAUCUGCGUGUGACCGACACCUCUGAAAAGCACAUCCGGGUCGAAUGGAGCCCAGCGCCAGGAAGCACAGGCUAUCGGCUUGUCUGGCAGCCGGCAGAUGGUGGACCAGAGAGGAGCCAGCUGCUUCCAGCCAGUGUCAACACCUAUGACAUCAGAGACCUGCAGCCAGGAGGGCGUUACGAAAUCCGCAUCACCAGCCUGGUGGGCAACCAGGAGAGCAGAGCUGUGGCUGUUGUUGCCAACACUGCAGCAAUGGGUCGUGUGACCAACUUCCGGGUGGCAGAGAUUCAAAGGGAUGCUGCGAUUUUGACCUGGACUCCUGUUCCUGGGGCCACUGGCUAUCUCCUCACUUGGAAAUCUCCACGAGACGAAGUGGAAGCACAGAGAACGUUGCCUGGGUCUGCCACAUCGCACCAAGUGUCUGGCCUCCGCCUGGGCAGGAGCUACACCUUCACCAUCCGCCCGCUGUUUGGGAGCGUCACAGGUCCUGAGACUUCUGUGACUGACCGCACAGUCUGCCGAGAUGCCCGCAGAGACAUUGUUUUUCUCGUGCAUGCCACUCGAGACAACGCCUACAACGCAGAGGCCGUGCAGAGCAUCCUCUCCAACACUGUAUCUGCACUGGGCCCGUUGGGUCCUGGUGCCACCCAGGUGGGCAUUGUGCUUUAUAGCUACCGAGGCCUCCCUGUACUCCGGCUCAACCGCUCUAGUGACUUGCCAACAGUCCUGCAGUUUAUCCGCUCGCUGCGCUAUGAUGAACCCAGUGGCAAUGCCAUUGGAGCUGCCAUCAAUUUUGCCAAGAGCGACAUGCUGAGCCUCGCUGCAGGGCGCAGACCUGGUGUGCCUGGGACCCUGGUCAUCCUGGCGGAUGGUCCAUCUAGCGAUGAUGCCAUUGGGCCAGCCAGGGAUCUCAAGGCCGCAGGCAUCCAGGUGCUGGCUGUUGGCAUGAACGGGGCUGACCGCGAGCAGCUGCGCCGCCUGGUGACCAAUGAGGACCGGCGCAAUGUUUUCUUUGUGAGGAGGGAUUUGAGCACUCUGCCAGAGGCGGAAGAGGGGCUUGUCAACGCCCUCUGCAGGGCAGCCGACACUGAAGGGCCUAGACCAGAGCCCUGUACGGUGCAGUGUCCUAAGGGUGAGAAGGGCGAGCCUGGUGAGAUUGGACGGAAAGGACGCAUGGGACUUCCUGGGCCUUCUGGAGAUCCGGGGCGCAACGGGAUCCCAGGUCCUCCAGGCCCAGUAGGACCUCGGGGUCCUCCAGGUGAUGUCACUGAGCGGCGGGGUGAGAAAGGAGACAGGGGAUUCCCGGGAGCUGAUGGAUUGCCAGGGAAUCCUGGCCGCCCUGGUGACCCUGGUUCUUCUGGCCAACCAGGCGGCCCUGGCCUUCCUGGACUCCGAGGACUCCCAGGAGAGCGUGGAGUGAUUGGCCCAAUAGGGCCAAAGGGAAGCAAAGGUGAGCCGGGGGAGCCUGGAGAGGUUGUAAACGGAGCAGGAGGAGGUGGGCUUCCUGGCCGGAAGGGGGAGCCUGGCGAACCGGGAAGCCCUGGACUUCCUGGAAUUCCUGGGUCCAGGGGACAAUUUGGUGAUCCUGGACCUCCGGGGCCUGUGGGACCUCCUGGGCCUGUGGGACCUGCCGGCGAGUUUGUCAAGGGAGAGAAGGGCGACCGAGGUGAGCGAGGCCCUCCUGGAUCAGGAGAUGGGGGUGUGGUCAGAGGAGAACCAGGCCUCCCAGGUAUGCCAGGAGAUCCUGGGCCAAGAGGACCUCCUGGGCUCGCAGGACAGAAAGGAGACAAGGGGGAUGGAGAAGAAGGUUUUCCUGGACCACCUGGACGGCCUGGAGACCCAGGAGAUCGAGGCCCUAGAGGACCUCCAGGUGAACAGGGAAGCAAGGGAGACCGAGGGCAGCCUGGUGAGAUUGGACCACCAGCAGAGAAGGGAGACCGUGGAUUACCUGGCCCUGAAGGAGAGAAGGGAGAGCAAGGACCCGCAGGUCGUCCAGGUCCAUCUGGCAGAGAUGGCUUGCAAGGGCCGCCUGGCCUUCGAGGCGAAAGGGGAGACCCAGGGGAACCUGGACUACCCGGGAAACCAGCUUCCAGUCAGUCAGGAAUCAAAGGAGACAAGGGGGAGAGGGGCCUUGUAGGACCAGAGGGGCCACCUGGACCCAGAGGAGAUGCCGGGAGCAAAGGAGAGCGCGGGCCGCCUGGACUUGGUGUUCCAGGCUCACCUGGUCCAAAAGGAGAGCAAGGGGACAGGGGGAUUGUUGGUUUGACUGGCAAGACAGGUGCAAAGGGUGACCCAGGAGACCCAGGUGAGAGAGGAGAACCAGGACGACCUGGACUUACCGGACAGAUGGGACAGAGAGGAAAAGAGGGUGAAAGAGGUGACAAAGGAGAUGAAGGAACCCCAGGUGAGCCAGGUCUACCAGGCAAACCUGGAGAGAGGGGUCUGCGGGGUCUGCCAGGAAGCCGAGGGCUCCCUGGCGAGAAGGGGGACCAAGGCGACCCAGGUGAAGACGGGAGAAAUGGCAGUCCUGGAGCACCAGGGUCAAAGGGCGACCGAGGAGAUCCUGGUCAGCCUGGACCCCCAGGCCAGACAGUUGGUACGGGACCUGGAGGAGGAGGGCAAAAAGGCGAGAAGGGGGAGCCAGGGGACCCCGGAGAAGAUGGAAUGAAAGGUGUCAAAGGAGAUGCUGGUUUACCUGGCCUGCCAGGAGAACGAGGAAUUGAAGGCUCCAGAGGUCUCCCUGGAGUUCGUGGUGACCCUGGAGACCGAGGUCCUGUGGGAGAGAAGGGUGACCGAGGCCCUCCAGGGCAAGAUGGCCGGAAUGGGUUAGAUGGGAAGCCUGGUCAAACAGGACCUGCAGGCCCAAGGGGUGAUCCUGGGAAGCAGGGCGAUCCUGGCAGAGAUGGUCUCGCAGGUCUGCGUGGCGAGCAGGGUCCUCCUGGAGCAAGUGGCCCCCCAGGACCUCCAGGACUGCCUGGCAAGCCUGGCGAUGACGGCAAACCUGGGCUGAAUGGGAAGAAUGGUGAAGAUGGGACUCCAGGAGAAGAUGGGAGAAAGGGGGACAAAGGUGAAGCUGGAGCGUCCGGCCGAGAUGGUCGUGAAGGUGUGAAAGGAGAGCGAGGGACCAUUGGGCCUCCAGGCCCCCCAGGGCCACUGGGUAUUCCUGGCAUGCCAGGGCAAGUUGGUCCUCCAGGCCAGAGCAUGCCAGGCCUCCCAGGGAUUUCAGGACAAAAGGGAGACAGAGGGGAGCCUGGAUCCAAAGGAGAUCAGGGAAGACCAGGGGAAGCUGGGCUUAGAGGUGAACCUGGAACAACACCGAAUGUUGAACGUGUCUUAGAAGCGAGUGGAAUCAAGAUUUCCUUACUGCGGGAGAUCACUGGUGCCUUUGAAGGGAGUUCUGAUCAAUUCUUGCCUGCCCCUGUCCGCUUGAAAGGCACGAAGGGUGACAGAGGGGAUCCAGGAGAGAGAGGGCCAGCAGGCAGAGAGGGGCUCAUAGGCUUCCCUGGAGAAAGAGGCCAAAAGGGCGACAAAGGAGACCAAGGCCCCCAAGGCCCAACAGGGCGUGCCAUUGGAGAGCGGGGGCCAGAAGGACCAUCUGGCCAGCCAGGGGAGCCUGGGAAACCUGGAAUACCAGGGGUGCCAGGCCGGGCAGGAGAACUUGGAGAGGCUGGGAGGCCUGGAGAAAAGGGUGAUCGGGGUGAGAAGGGUGGACAGGGAGAGCCGGGCAGAGAUGGCUUACAAGGGCCACCAGGGCCACCAGGACCCAGGGUGGAUGGAGGGGAAGGGGGCCUCCCGGGGCUUCCAGGAGAGCGUGGGGCUGCAGGACCCAAGGGAAGCAAGGGAGAGCCAGGAGAAGAUGGCGAGAAAGGCUCUAGAGGCGAUAAGGGUGAAACUGGGCAGAAAGGGGAGAGAGGUGAAGCCGGUGAGAGAGGCAGGGAUGGCGCUCCAGGCCUUCCAGGAGAAAGAGGCCUUCCUGGCCCAGAAGGGAAAGCAGGCUUGCCAGGCUUCCCCGGAGUUCUGGGCAGACCGGGUAACCAGGGAGAUACUGGACCACCAGGCCCUCCUGGUCCUAUUGGCCCUCCGGGCGCUCAAGGUCCACCUGGAAUAAAGGGCGAUGCAGGAGAGCCUGGCUCCAGCAUCCGAGGUUUACCGGGUCUCCAGGGGAAUGUUGGACUACCAGGAUCAGUAGGACCACCGGGACCUGCAGGUCAACAGGGCCCUCCAGGGUUACCAGGACAAGUGGGUGAACCUGGGAAGCUAGGUGUGCCAGGAAGGGAUGGAGUGCCAGGAAAAGACGGGGAACCUGGACUGCCUGGGAAAAUGGGUGUCCCAGGACCAGCAGGACCUGCCGGACCCAAAGGAGAACCCGGGGAUGCUGGGCUCCCAGGACAAAGUGUUGUGGGGCCUCCUGGAGCAAAAGGCGAGAAGGGUUCACCAGGUGACUUUGAUGGGGAAAUUUUUGGAAAAUCGGGUCCCAAAGGUGAUCGAGGUAUUCCAGGCCCUCGAGGAGAAAAGGUGAGAAACAGAUUUCCAAGAAAGAGCCUUGGUGGAGCCAAAGGAUCAUCUGGAAUCAAGGGAGAAAAGGGUUCACUUGGGAUUGGCCAACAGGGACCUCCUGGGCAAACUGGACCUCCAGGAUUAAAGGGAGACCCUGGCUUGCCUGGACCCCCAGGACCUCCAGGUUCACCAGGCGCACCUGGGAUUCCAGGCCAGCCAGGUCUGAGAGGAGAAAACGGACCAGCUGGCCUUCCAGGACCUCCAGGAGAGAGGGGUCAAACUGGCUUUCCUGGAAGGGAGGGCACCACAGGACCUCCAGGUCCACCUGGACCACAAGGACCAGCGGGUACACAAGGCAUUCCAGGAGUGAAAGGUGACAAGGGGGCCAUAGGUAUUGGGCAGCCAGGUGCUAGAGGAGAGCGAGGAGAUCCAGGACCCCGGGGUGAAGAUGGUCGCCCAGGGAUGGAAGGAGAUCGCGGGCCUGCAGGGCCUCCAGGAAACAGAGGGGAGAGAGGUGACAAAGGAGAUGUUGGGCUCAUGGGGCUGAAGGGAGACAAGGGUGACACUGCCGUUGUGGAGGGCCCACCAGGUGCUCGGGGGAACAAAGGGGAGCCAGGAGACCGUGGCCUAAAAGGGAUGGAAGGUGACAAAGGUGACAAAGGAGACCAAGGCAUCUCUGGAGAGAAGGGAGCGAGAGGUGAGCAGGGAGAGAAGGGGUCAGCAGGAUUCCCAGGAGCACGUGGUCCUGGUGGGCAGAAGGGAGAAGUUGGUGCAUCGGGAGAACCAGGAGAGCCGGGCCAACCCGGGAAGGAUGGCAUCCCAGGCACCAGAGGGGAGAAAGGAGACAUGGGUCCUUUUGGGAUGCGAGGUCCAAAGGGGGACCGAGGGAUGAAAGGAGCCUGUGGCCAGGAUGGAGAUAAGGGGGAGAAAGGAGAGCCAGGCCUGCCAGGCCGAAUGGGACUUGCCGGAAGGAAGGGUGACCCUGGUGAGGUGGGCCUGCCUGGAACCCCAGGAAUCCCCGGGAAAGAAGGCCUCAUUGGACCCAAGGGCGACAGAGGAUUUGAUGGCCAACAGGGGUCCAAAGGAGACCAAGGAGAAAAGGGGGACAGGGGUGCUCCAGGCAUUAUUGGCUCUCCAGGACCCAGGGGCAGUGAUGGACCCCCAGGGCCCCCUGGUCCCCCUGGCAGCAUUGGCCCAAAAGGCCCAGAAGGGAUUCAAGGGCAGAAGGGUGAGAGAGGGCCACCAGGAGAGUCCGUUGUAGGAGCCCGUGGAGUCCCGGGUCUGUCAGGAGAAAGAGGGGAGCAGGGAAGUCCAGGGCUUGAUGGCCUCCGAGGAGAGAAGGGAGAUCCUGGAAUGACGGAAGAAGAGAUCCGUCUGUUUGUCAGGCAGGAGAUGAGUCAGCACUGUGCCUGUGGAGGCCAGUUCUCCCCUCCUGAUCGACGUCUCCUCCCCAACUAUCCAUCCACCCAACCGUUCCCGUCUGUCAAUGCUCAAAUAGUCCCUGUGCUUAAGUUGUCCCACGCUGAGGAAGAGGAAGGGAGCCAGACACGACACGUAGUGAACGUAGAUGACCCUGAGUAUGAGUACAUCUACACAGAGGAGGACUAUGAAGAGGGAGCAGAUGGGACAGAGAGCCCUAUGCUGAGGGAUGCUGAGCCAUGCUCCUUGCCCCUGGACGAGGGAGACUGCAGCAAAUUCACGCUAAGGUGGUACUAUAACCAAAGAGUGUCUGAGUGCCGGCCCUUCAUCUACAGCGGUUGCAGGGGGAAUAGCAACCGCUUCCAUUCCAAGGAGGACUGUGAGCUUCAGUGCAAGUCAUAGGCUGCUGCAGGUGGCAACACAUUGGAUCAGAACAGACGUGUAUAAACUCUGAAGUGGGUUUUGGAUUCUGGGAGAACUGACCAAAAGAAGAGUUCCGGCUCCUGAGGCUCCCAAACUAUUCUUCUCCUGCAAAAGGUCUUAGAGUUACAUACACACAGAGUACAUUUGGUCUGAGACUCAUCUUGCAGCCAUUUCUACUGCCUGCAGCACAGUUGCGCAUGUUUGUGUGUGUGUGUAUUUUGUAUGUGUGCAUGUGUGGGCUGCUUCAGCUGGAGCAGAGAAACGGUGCUAUUCUUUUUUUUAAAAGUAUUUUGGUUGCUCUUGGUUUAUUUUUUAAAUUAAGGUGAAAUUUUUAUCAAAUGAAAAACAUAUGCAUAACCUCUUUUAUAUAUAAUAUAAAAAGAAAAAGAAAAGACAUAUUUUAAUUAGAGCUUUCUUAACUUAUUUGAUGCUGGCCGACAGAUGACACAUGGAAUGUAUUAUAUAGCCAGACCAAACUGAUUCUCUCAAUUCAGGUUUGCAUCCUUUAUGAGCUUUUCCUCUUGCUCCCCUGUAUGCCCUUUCUGUUGCAAUAAAAAGUGCUAUGAGUAUCUGAAUUCAGAUGUCCCAUGAUGCAUUGCCAAAGCUACAGUUCUAGCGAUGCUCCGAAGGGUUUGUUUCUGCAAUUCUUCUGUGAAACUUGACCCCCACCCAUCCCACCUACCCCAGCUUGUCAAAUGAGGCUUGAUGAAUACACCUAUGAUUUGCCACAUCUGCAAAUCUGGUAGGAGAGUUUGUCACUUGGGAUGGACUAAUAGGGUAAAAUGAUUCUUAUGGAGUGUUUCUUAAGGACACGACCAGGAGGAAGAAUCUUCUAAUUAGCUCUUCCUCUUUCUCAGAAUCUUCCAAUGCCUGCAGUGUACGUACACCUCUUCGUUUUUCAGCUCUAGGCUUUAAAUCUGCUGUGGGCAAAGUAACUGCACAAGAAAUCAUAUGCAAAGCAGAUGAAGUCCAAUCUUACCAAGACCCCUAUAGAUGUCACCUCCAUGAAAAACAGGGAGUUGAAAAACUGGAACCUGAGUUUCCAGGCAAAUUAGUGGUUCCAUUUAGCUAUUGUGAUUAAUCGCCAUUAAUAAACAAUAGUGGUUCCAUUUAGCUAGUGUGAUAAUUGCCUUUAAUAGACCCAUUCACUGUCUAUUAAUAGACCCAUUCACUGGCCCUUCUCACAUCCAGUGGCAGUGAAUUCCAUAUGUUAACUUCACUGGGGCAAAAGAGGCUUCCUUUUUCCAUUCUGAACCUACAGAUCGUUCUGAAUCUCAUAGUAUUUCAUCAUAUUUUAAAUAACACUACUUAUUUUAUAAACCUUCACUAUCCUUUAAAUGGCUUGAUUUCUAAGCAAGAGUCAAAUGCUAAACCUUUUCUUAUAGGUGAAGCUGUUCAGUGCCUUGAUCACUUAGAUUGUUCUUUCCCAUCCCUUUUCUAAUGCUAUUCUGUUCUUUUUGAGAUUGGGCAACCAGAAUAGUAAGCAGUCUUCCAAAUGUGGCUGUGCCACAGAUUUAAAUAAAUGCAUGAUGAAACUGACAGGAAUUAUUAGGAAAGAAAUUGCAAAUAUACUUAGCAAUGUUUUUUCAGUGCUGCUGCACAUUAAGCCAACAUUUUCAGUUAUCUCUUUCUGAGGUACUUACUCAACCAAUUCAGAUCCCACCAAAAGGUAUAAUUGACUUUUAUUUUUAUUUUUGGCCAGAAACUUUCUAAAAUACUGUUGUGGUUGUAAACAAAAUUUUUUUGUCAGAACCUAUGGGGAAACACCCUCCUGUGUAAAUAUCACUCUUAAAAAAAUGAAUUCAUUUGAAGAAGUUUCACCUUAAUCCUGAACAGCAAGCAAUAGUCUCCAAUAAACAAUAGCAUUUUGGAAGACUCCAAACAAAAAUCAGAGCACAUGUAUUUUGUAUGAGGGGAUUCUGUAUGAAACACUUGUUUUUAUGUUUUACCUGCUGAACAAUAUUAUGGAAAUAAUCAGUGAAAUGCUGAGAAUGGUGCUAUGCUGUUAUUAUGUUGCUACCACUACAGGGCAUUUUAAAAAGCUUGGCAAUCAUGUGCAUUUCAACCUUUUUUCUUUUUUCUUUUGUUAUCACCCUUUCCCAACAACUAAGCUUGCUAUCUCCUCUGCUCAGCCCUGCUCCUCUCUGUUCCUUCUCGCUCUUUGGCAUCCUGUGUGAUCUUAUGAUCAGUGCAGAUUCAGACAAAGUGGCUGUUGUUUAAAAUACCUUUAAAGAAAAUAGGGAAACAGCUAAAUACACAAACAUAUGGCAUGUGAAGAACCUAAGAAGAGACCUGCUGGGUCAGGCCAUGGCCCAUCUAGUCCAGCAGUCCUGUUCUCACAGUGGCCAACCAGAUGCUUAUAUGAAGCCUGCAAGCAGGACCUGAGCCACAACACUGCUUUCGCCACUUGCGAUUCCCAGCAACCGAUAUCCAGAGGUGUACUGCCUCCGAUAGUGUUUCCCACUGAUGUCCUUGUGGAUGCUACCUGGUGCUAUUACAGUAAUUAUUUAGUCAUUGUGUAUAUAGGAAAGCAGCAAUUUAUAACCCACCGGAUCUGGUCUGGAGUCAACAAGUUGUGGGUUGUUGCCUUUGAAGGGUGGCUAUUAAAACACCUCAAUCUUAAAUGUGUUUGUGGAAGUACCUUUACUUUUUAGUGGAAUUUACUUCCACCUUUUGGGCACCACCCAGCGACCAUUGGGCAUGCCUAAGUCCCCUGGCUCAAGUACACAGUACCUGACCACAUUCGAAAUCAAUUGGCUUAAGCACACUUAACUGGUGGAUUGUUGUCUUAUUUCCUGUUGGAUUUCACCAGAACCUGUGAAAGUUUUAAGGUGGUAGCCAAACCCACUGGUUUCUUAGAGCGGUACUUCAUAGUUAAGGCUACCAUUUUCCUGUUGAGCUCUCUUGAGUUUGCAGAACAUCAGGUGUUAUGCCACCAAAUUGUUAUGCUGCUUGCUAGCUCCAGAGAGACUCUUUAAUCCAGAGGGACUCUGACAAUAAUCCCAGCCCUUUCCCAGUCCAUGAAGAGAUGUUGCUUGCCUUUUGUAUUUCUGGUGUGCAAAUGCAAUCAAAUGUAAAGAUGGCCUCCGAAAAUCAGAGAAGCAGAUCAUAACAAGCCCAGCAAGUUAAGUGCAACAGGUGACUCAGGUAAUAAUUUAGUACUGGGAUCUGUGGGGCAGUUUCUGAUGGCAUCACCUAGAAGUGUUCAUUUGGAACCCUCCUGUCCAUAGGACACAGUUGACUAUAUUACAGUAGUUUAUCUGCCUGGGGUUGGUAGUUUGAUGUUGCUGACUUUGGACAGGAUGGCUUUGAAUGGGCUACCAUAGGUUUACUGUAGCCAACCUGAUGCCCCGCCUCAGAUGCUGUGAACUACAACUCCAUCAACCUUGACUCUUGGCCAUGCUAACCAGGACUGAUGGGAAUUGUAAUCCGCAACUUCUGGAGGGCACUGUGUUGUCUACCUGUGCCUUAACCAGCUCUGUGCUCCUUUGAACAAAGGGAAAGUCACUGUCAAUGUAAAAUCACAUGAGAAAGAACCAGCUAUCUGCUAUCUAGUGUUCAUUGUCUCCAUCAUGGAAAAAGCAUGAACAUAGGAACCUGACCAUUUUAACAAAAGAUGGCAGGGCUUCAACCCUGCAAAGAAAUCAUGUGCUCUACUACUGCACUAUAGCUCUUCAUCUAUACUAUCAGUACCUUGCAAAUUCCAGAAGAGUAGGCAAGUUUAGUCUUUUAUAGAAACAACAGAGUCCCAUGGCACCUUAAAAGACUAACAAGGGUAUUCCAACAUGACCUUUCAUAGACCCGGUAUAUGAACUCAACAUAGACCUUGCCUUUUGUCCUCUGUCCAGUGUGUCUGCAAAGAAAGAAAGGCAUUUUGGUCAAAGAGCACCACCCCCUUGGUGUACAUAUGAUCUUUGCUGCCAUCAAUCACUAUUUUAUUCCCAAGAUGCUGGCUGCAGAAUAGAGAUGCAAAAGUAACUGUUGUUUCUUCUGUUUGUAAGAUGCCUCUAAUUAUGCAUGGUGCAAAAUCCAAAUGCAGUAAAUGAAUAAAAGUUUGUUUUACCUCAUUCA